CUCUGAAUCUCUCAAGAAAAAUGAAGAAGUUGCAAAACAAGCUAUAUGAGGCUGCCACAGAAGGCAGCGUAGCCUCAUUGCGGGAGCUGCUCGAAGAAGAUGCACUGAUUCUUGAAAGAGAUGAUUAUGUAGCCGAGGGUUUCUUGGAGACUCCUCUGCAUGUGGCAGCCAUGUUAGGAAAUGCCGACUUUGUCAGGGAAAUGGUUAGGAUUAAACCUCAGCUUACGGCUGAAUUGGACUCACAACAAUCGAUUCCUCUUCAUUUGGCUUCAUCUAAAGGCCAUGUGGAUGUAGUAAGGGCACUGUUAUCAGCUGAUCCACGAGCAAGCCUUGCUCGCGACAGAAAUGGUUUUACACCACUUCAUCUAGCAGCAGUUAGAGGCAGGCUUGAAGUGAUCAAAGUGUUGCUUCGAGAAAAGGUCGAUGCAGCACAACUGAGGAUACAUAGAGGUGCAGGAGAGAAUAUUCUUCAUCUGUGUGUCAAACACUAUCAGCUCGAGGCUCUAAAGCUCCUGCUCAACAAAGCCUGUGGUCGGGAAUUAAUCAACGCGAAAGACGCUGAUGGAAACACUCUUUUGCAUUUAGCCAUCGCUUAUAAACAAGUCGAGACUGUUGAGUUUUUGCUAGCCAUGCCGGCACUUGAUGUGAAAGCUCGAAAUCUAGGUGGGAUGACGGCUACAGAUGUAUUUAUUGGAAGCAGAUGUGAUAUAAGAGAUGUACACAUUCAAGAAUCCUUAAAGAAGGCAGGUGCACUUGGAGCAAAAGACCAAAGAGCGAUGGAUCGAUCUCCAUCUUCGUUUCUUGAUCACCAUCUUACAUCCUCAAGCAUUAAGAAGAGCACCCGAAAACAUCAAGAUGAUUGGUUAGAGAAGAAGCGCAGCGCCCUGAUGAUUGUGGCUUCACUGAUUGCAACAAUAGCUUAUCAAGUUGGAGUGAACCCUCCCGGUGGUGUUUGGCAAGAUGACAAUCUCGAAAGCAAUUCUAAGUCCAUUCAUGUUGCAGGCAUUUCUAUAAUGGCGCGUAACAACCCCGUAGGCUACACUAAAUUUUACAUCGUGAAUACAAUCAGCUUCAUAUCAUCUCUCAGCAUUAUUUUGCUUCUGACGAGCGGAUUGCCCAUAAAGCGUAGGUUCUUCGUGUGGAUUCUUAUGGUCAUCACGUGGAUUGCAAUUACAGCCACAGCCGUUACUUACAUUUCUGUAUUAGCACUGCUGGCACCUCCAUCAAUGCAAGAUAACUAUGUCCUAUAUGUGAUUGGGAUUUCGGUCGUUGUUUGGGUGUUGUUGAUGGCUCUCCUCCUCCUCGGCCAUACCAUAAGAUUGAUCAUCAAACUUUUUAAAAAGAUGAGUAGAACAUUGAGGAGGAGAAGAGUUGCAAACCCCACCAUUGAUAGUGUUUAAACAUUUGUGAGUUUGUCUACUCCGAAUGUAAUUUCCUAGUGUUAAAAGAUGCAAUAUAUCGAA